UCGCCUUCCUCCCCUCCUCCUCCCCUUGGCAAUUCAUGGGUGCUGGUGUUGCUACCUCUUUCCAGUCUCCUCGUCAUCUUUCUUGUUCCCUCACUUCUCUUCACAUCCAGUCCAAGAAACCCUCCUGCUAUUCUUUCCUCGCCACCGUUUAGAGUUGGACAGAGGCAAAGAAGUCUCACAAACAUUUUCACAAGUGACUGAUGGAACCUUCUCUGCUGUCUUCUCCGGCUCCCGUUCUUCUACUGACUGCUCACCUGCUGUUCUUCCUGUUCCAUGGAGGGGAGGGGGCGACAUUUACAUUCGUGAACAGAUGCGGGGAAACCGUUUGGCCAGGGAUUUUGUCCAACGCCGGCACCCCGCAGCUGGAAUCCACCGGCUUUGAGCUCCCUGUCGCGUCGUCGCGCUCCUUCCAGGCCCCCGCCGGCUGGUCAGGCCGCUUCUGGGCCCGGACCGGCUGCUCCUCCACCGGCGGUACCUGGUCCUGCGCCACGGGCGACUGCGGCUCCGGCCAGGUGGAAUGCAACGGCGCGGGUGCCGCACCACCCGCCACGCUCGCGGAGUUCACCCUCGCGCCCUCGUCGGCGGGGCAGGACUUCUACGACGUCAGCCUGGUCGACGGCUACAACCUGCCGAUGGUGGUGGAGGCAAACAGGCGCGCCGGCGCCUCUGGGGAGUGCGCCGCGACGGGGUGCGUCGUGGACCUGAACCGGAUGUGCCCCCCGGAGCUGCGGACCGCGCAAGGCGAGGCGUGCCGGAGCGCCUGCGAGGCGUUCGGGACGCCGGAGUACUGCUGCAGCGGCGCGUUCGCGAGCCCGACGACGUGCCGUCCGUCGUCGUACUCGCAGAUGUUCAAGGCGGCGUGCCCCAGGUCGUACAGCUACGCCUUCGACGAUCCCACCAGCACUUUCACCUGCGCCGGCGAAGCCGAUUACACCAUCACAUUCUGCCCACGAUCUGCCCCAAGCAGUCAGAAAGCGUCGAGAGAUUCCUCGACAAGCUCGACUUCGACACCUAAAGCGACCGGUGGUCUGACGCUGGAUGACGACUCUUGGCUUGCAAGCUUGGCCACCGGCGACGCAACCGCUGUGAGAAGGGCAGUCCCUCGCCUGCACCAAUCAUUGCUCCUCGUAGCCACCACAGUGGCGUGUACACUGCUUCUGCAAUCCUACAAUAUAAUCGCAUAAUUCAAUCCCAUGCUCUCUCCA